UUGGUAACCAGAAUGUUUUGUCUGUUCAGGCCCAAAACGGUCAGUGGCACAAGAACCAAAGUUAAGUACCUCAUGAGGUGUCAAGAUGAACCUGGGAAAACUGAACUGUUGACAGGACUGCUUCUCUGAGUAAGCUGGUACUUCUUUUUUCUCUCUAUAGUUUUAAAAGGUCCCCAGAGGCAACCUGAAAUCCACAAUCUUCUCAGAUUAGGAUGGAGGAAAUUCUGAAGUUCUCAUUAAAUAAACUAAUGUCUCAAGCUUUGAAAAGAGCCAAGAUGCCAAAGACAAGAAUCCAGAAGAGAAUUGCCCAUACUGGUCUGAUACCCUGAUAAUUGUCUAACAAAUUCAGCAUGUGUCUCCUGGGCUUGACCAUCUGCUGGGCAAAGCUCCAGAACAGUGAGACAUGGGAUUCAUCUAAUGUAGGAAAGACCUUUAACUACCAGCUGAUAGUUGCCUCCGUGUUCUUCAAAUAGUCAAGUCCUGAGGUCUUUCAACUGUGGUCUGUUCUGAUGUAUGGCUCCCACCAGCGUGAGCCAGCAGGAUGAUCUUGCUCUGUGGGCAGGACAGCUGUGAAAGGAGCCAAGUGUGUGCAAGUCUGUGGGAAGAGACAGCCACCUAGCAUGGCCCAACCAAACCAGUCACUAGAAGGCCUUCCCCAGGGGGCCUUCAACAGAUCUCUGAAUGCUACAGAAACCCCAGGGGACUGGGACCCCAGGUCUCUCCAGGCGCUCAAGAUCUCCCUUGCUGUGUUCCUUUCCAUCAUCACGCUGGCCACAGUUCUCUGCAAUGCCUUUGUACUUACCACCAUCUUACUCACCAGGAAGCUCCACACUCCCGCCAACUAUCUGAUUGGGUCCCUGGCUGUGACCGACCUCUUGGUCUCCAUCUUGGUCAUGCCCAUCAGCAUCGCAUACACCAUCACCCGCACCUGGAACUUUGGCCAAAUCCUCUGUGACAUCUGGCUGUCUUCUGACAUCACAUGCUGCACAGCAUCCAUCCUGCAUCUCUGUGUCAUUGCCCUGGACAGGUACUGGGCCAUUACUGAUGCCCUGGAGUAUAGUAAAUGCCGGACGGCAGGCCAUGCAGCCACCAUGAUCGCCAUCGUCUGGGCCAUCUCCAUCUGCAUCUCCGUCCCACCGCUCUUCUGGCGGCAGGCCGAAGCUCAGGAGGAGAUGUCAGACUGCCUGGUGAACACGUCUCAGAUCUCCUACACCAUCUACUCCACCUGUGGGGCCUUCUACAUCCCGUCCGUGCUUCUCAUCAUCCUGUAUGGCAGGAUCUACAGGGCUGCUCGCAACCACAUCCUGAAUCCACCCUCGCUCUAUGGGAAGCGCUUCACCGCAGCCCAACUCAUCACAGGCUCUGCGGGGUCCUCGGUCUGCUCGCUCAAUGCCAGCCUCCAUGAAGGGCACUCGCACUCAGCCGGCUCCCCUCUCUUUUUCAACCACGUGAGAAUCAAGCUUGCUGAUAGUAUCCUGGAACGCAAGAGGAUUUCUGCUGCUCGGGAAAGGAAAGCCACUAAAACCCUGGGGAUCAUUCUGGGGGCCUUUAUCAUCUGCUGGCUGCCCUUCUUUGUUGCAUCUCUGGUCCUCCCCAUCUGCCAGGACUCCUGCUGGAUCCACCCAGCCCUCUUUGACUUCUUCACCUGGCUAGGCUAUUUAAACUCCCUCAUCAACCCAGUAAUCUACACGGUGUUUAAUGAAGAGUUUCGUCGAGCGUUUCAGAAAGUUGUCCAUUUCCGGAAAGCCUCCUAGUCUUAUU